UUGUUUUUGUUGUUAUUUUUGGCUGUUGUUAAAGUUGUCCCAGUCCCAGUUACAGUGUCUCCAGUUAUUUUGAUUUAUUUCGCUUUUGCAUCCAGAUUUUUUGCACACGUUGCAAGUUUCCAUUGUCGUUUGCUAUGUUCCAGAGGAGAUUUCUCGUCAAUUGGAUACGAAAGACAACACUCGGAAAGAGCACAGGAAAUCGAGCUUAUUCUUACAGCAGCAACAACAACAACAACAACAUAAAUAACAACAACAUUAAUAUAAGCAAUAAUUUACAGCGCAGUUGGCAUAGAUUAGAUUAUCGAGCGAUUAGCAUGGCCAGUACGGAUAAAGGAGGAGCCGGAGCUGGACCUGGAGCAGCAGCCAAGUCAGGCAAUCGUCUAAUCAACUCUAAAUCACCUUAUUUACUUCAACAUGCCUAUAAUCCAGUGGAUUGGUAUCCCUGGUGCGAGGAGGCCUUUGAACUGGCGCGCAAAGAGAAUAAAUUAAUCUUCCUAUCGGUGGGCUAUUCCACCUGUCAUUGGUGUCAUGUGAUGGAACAUGAAUCGUUCGAGAAUCCCGAGACAGCGGCCGUAAUGAAUAAACAUUUUGUCAACAUCAAAGUGGAUCGGGAGGAGCGUCCCGAUAUUGAUAAGGUCUAUAUGCAGUUUCUACUCUUGUCCAAGGGCAGCGGUGGCUGGCCCAUGAGCGUUUGGUUGACUCCCGAUCUGGCUCCCUUGGCUGCUGGCACUUAUUUUCCACCCCAUUCCAGAUGGGGCAUGCCAUCCUUUACCAAGGUCCUGGAAUCCAUAGCCAAUAAGUGGCAAACAGAUCGAGAAUCCUUGCUCAAGGCGGGGUCCACUGUCUUGAAGGCUCUGCAAAAGAAUCAAGAUGCUGCCGCAGUGGCUGAAGCUGCUUUUGAGCCGGGCAGCGCGGAGGAAAAACUCAUGGAGGCUCUUAAUGUCCACAAGCAGCGUUAUGAUCAGGCGCAUGGUGGCUUUGGCAGGGAACCCAAAUUUCCAGAGAUUCCUCGCCUCAAUUUCUUAUUUCAUGCCUAUCUGGUGACCAAGGAUGUGGAUGUUUUGGAUAUGGUUAUGCAGACUUUGGAUCACAUUGGACGCGGUGGCAUUAAUGAUCAUGUCUUUGGUGGUUUCUGUCGCUAUGCAACCACAAGGGAUUGGCAUAAUGUGCACUUUGAGAAAAUGCUAUACGAUCAGGGACAAUUGAUGGCUGCCUAUGCGAAUGCCUACAAAUUGACCAGAAGUGAUCUCUUCCUCAGCUAUGCUGACAAAAUUUAUAGAUAUUUAAUCAAGGACUUAAGACAUCCGGCGGGUGGUUUUUAUGCCGGAGAAGAUGCUGACUCCCUGCCCACUCACCAGGAUACGGUUAAAGUGGAGGGUGCAUUCUAUGCCUGGACUUGGUCCGAAAUACAGGAGACUUUUAAAUCUCAAGCUCAGUGUUUUGGUGAAGUUUCGCCAGAGCGUGCCUUUGAGAUCUAUACGUUCCAUUAUGAUCUACAGCCAAAGGGAAAUGUUCCACCGGCAAGUGAUCCGCAUGGCCAUCUUACUGGCAAGAAUAUACUCAUUGUCAAGGGUUCCGAGGAAGAUACUUGCUCUAAUUUCAAUUUGGAAUUGGAGCAAUUGCAGCAGAUUUUGGAAACAGCAAAUGAUAUACUCCAUUCGGUGCGUGAUAAACGACCCAGGCCACAUUUGGAUACGAAAAUUAUAUGUGGUUGGAACGGUUUGGUUCUCUCUGGUCUCUCCAAGCUGGCCAAUUGUGGCACCACCAAACGUGAUGAAUAUAUGCAAACGGCCAAGGAACUGGUGGAUUUUCUACGUCGUGAGAUGUACGAUAAGGAACGCAAGUUACUACAAAGAUCCUGCUAUGGUUCGGGUGUUGAGGACAAUACCCUCGAGAAAAAUGAACUGCAAAUUGAAGGGUUUCUGGAUGACUACGCUUUUCUUAUCAAAGGUCUUCUCGAUUACUAUAAAGCCUCAUUGGAUCUAAGUGUUUUGAGCUGGGCCAAAGAGCUCCAGGAGAGCCAGGAUAAACUCUUUUGGGAUCAGCAAAAUGGUGCAUAUUUCUUCUCACAACAAAAUGCCCCAAAUGUCAUAGUUAGACUCAAAGAAGAUCACGAUGGCGCCGAACCCUGUGGCAAUAGUGUUUCUGCUCGUAAUCUUACUUUACUCUCCCAUUAUUAUGAUGAAUCUUCCUAUUUGGAGAGAGCUGGAAAACUUUUAAAUUUCUUUGCCGAUGUCUCACCCUUUGGCCAUGCCUUGCCCGAAAUGUUAUCUGCCCUAUUGCUACAUGAGAAUGGCUUAGAUCUGGUGGCCGUUGUGGGACCCGAUUCAUCGGAUACCAAAAAAUUCGUUGAGAUUUGUCGUAAAUUCUAUAUUCCAGGCAUGAUAAUAUUGCAUGUGGAUCCCCUUCAUCCCGAUGAUGCCUGCAAUCAGCGGGUACAAAACAAAUUCAAAAUGGUCAAUGGAAAGACUACCGUCUAUAUAUGCCACGAUCGUGUCUGUAGAAUGCCAGUAACCGAUCCUGUGCAACUAGAGGAGAAUCUUAUGGCCAAUUUCUUUACCGCCAAGCGGUAAGAAGAAUUCAUUACUCGAACUAGUGAUUAGAAUAAUUAACAUGAGAGAGAAAAAAAAAGUUUAUAGUUAUUAGUAAUGUGUUAUUUGCUUUUUUCGCUUAUAAAGCGAAAAUCCAUUUGCCAAACGCAAAGUUAAAUUCUAUAUGUUUAUAUAUAUAUAUAUAUAGUUGCGAAUAAACUUUUUCCCAUGCGUUAA